AUGUCGAGCAACCCAUCAGAUCCCUUCACACUGUGGCUGUCCAAGCUGGACAGCAUGUCAUCAGACUUGCAAACUGAGCAGAGAGAAGUUGGGCUUGCUGGGUCAGGCAUGGACAACCUCAAGUCAUGGUUCACCGACUCGAUGCCGGCACAACUGACCAACAAGCAUCAUUCGGAUGGAGAUCUGAUAAAAUCACUGCAAAAGCUGACGGCGCGAACCUUCGAUCCUGUGGAGCCGAUGUCGAAAUCGAAUAGCAACAGCUGGCCCUGGCCAUCUCAACAAGAUCACGACGCCAGAGAACAGCCUGUCUUUGUCGAGCAGCCCAACUCUUGGCGCACGCCUGAUCCUACCCCUCGCUAUUCAGCUCGAGAGCAUCGCAGCGAGGAGGUGCUGAAGACUUCAAGGAGUUUGCACAGUGCUUUCAACUCCAAACUCAAUUCCAGGGACGAUAUUACCAUCCUGUCCGGAGAAAGAUUUGUAGAGAGUUUGGAUCUCCCCAAGUCAGCCAGAUCUCCGAGCAAGUCUGUAGAUCUCGAAGGCAUCAAGAAUCAGGUUAGGAAGCUCUCGUCGCACUUGUCUCCUCAAACGCGAUCUUAUGAAAACGGUCCCAUGACACCAUCAUCCCAACAGCAACUCUGCCGAGACAUCACGCCAGGAAUGAGGAACGGGGAGCUGUGGCAUCAAGACCUUCAAAAACGACUGGAGAAUCUCCUCUCACCCCUCAACUCAUGGAAAUGA